AUGGAGGCUCCUCAAGCACGUGGCAUGGGCCGAUCAGGUCCCCGGCGCCGCACGGGGUGUCUGACGUGCCGGGCGCGCAAGGUCCGGUGCGAUGAGGUCAAACCGACAUGUGCCAACUGCACACGUCUGCGUCUCCAAUGCGCCUAUAAAACGAUCGUUCCGGCCCAUGCCCCGCGAACUGACUGCCAAAGUCAAGCUGCAAGUUCCGCGACCGUGGCCGCACCACCCUCUGACCGGCCCGAUGUGAACUUCUUCCAUACUGUUCUUUGCGAGGACCGGCUUCCAGCGUCGUCGCCAUUGCAGCAGCCUGCAGGUGCCCUUGCUCGUCCACCCCCUACACUAACUGUUGAUUCUACGUCAUUUGACGUUCUGAGUCUCAUCGAGGAAAUCACCUCCGACUUUCAGCAGAAACAUCCCAACCUAACCACUAAUGGCUCCAACAACGUGUUGGGUGAGGCUGGGCCUGCCAAUGUCACUACAGAGACAGCCAGCCACGAUGGAGAAGUGAUGAACUGGGUCUCUGUUGAGGACCGUAGCGCAGCGCCCAUCAGUCUGGGCGCUCAUUCUGAUCAGGCGGAUACAAACGCCCCCGAUCCCGGACAGACAGCGUACGAAGCUCAACUCUUUACGCAUUUUCUAGCAAGUGGCCCGCCUCCUACGAUCUUCGGACCCGUUGACUUGGACUGGAAGUAUGUGCGAACACAGAUGGUACGUCAGUCGCGUAGGUGUCGAGCUGUCUUGCUUGGAAUCUACUGUUACUCGGAAGUACAUCAGGCGUGGGUCGAGGGGAAGUCCUGGAAUCGGAAGUCCAAGUAUCAUCAGCUUGCAUGCUCAGAAAUACAGCCAUAUCUGCAUGGGGUGGUAGAGAACUCAGUUCUAAAGCAAAUAUUCACGACUGUGCUGUUGCUAAUGCUUUCUGAGCUUCUGUCGAGUCCAAACCUACUCAGUGCCGGCACGCCCUCUCUUCACUCAACAUAUCUGCUACUGCAGCGCUUUCAUCAUCGGACUAGGGCCUGGUCGGAUGCCAGUCGUCUUAUCGUUGCCUGGGUCUCGCUGUUAGACGUCAAGGCAUUGAUAGCUGGGCGUGAGGGUGAUGCGCUCAUUGAACUGGGACGACUUCCGUCAGCAGACAAAGCAGGUGAGGACGCUGCACCCGAGAAAAGCAGGAAUGUGAGGGAUGAUGAGGACGACAAUCCCGAGCCUGCAUUUCUCAUCCGCCAGGUCAUUACCGGUCCAGCCUUCCAGUUCCAUCUGCAGACUCAGCAAAUCCUGAGGCGGAUUGUCUUCAUCGACUUGCACCACCGCAACCGCGGCACUGUAGGUGACGAGUUUGAGGUCCUCCAGUUGGCGCAUCAAAUUGGCGCCGAUCUAGAGACGCUAUGGAACCAGCGUCCACGCGUGCUCGACAUCUACAGCACCCCUGAGGAGCUCUGCGACACUCUACAGCCUGCUGUCGCGUGGGAGACGUGUCGGGCCUUUAGGCAGUAUAUCGCCAACUUUCUAGCAAUUUUUAUCUACUUGCACCGAGUCGCAUUCGCCAUCUACCCGCGGACGGAUCGGGUGCAUCGAGCUGUGGAAGGCAUUAUUCAGCUGGCAACAGUCGAGACACAAUCAACAUCAGAAGAGCAGCAACAUCUGCCUGCGAGCUUUGUGUGGCCAUUGUUUGUGGCCGGUCUUGAAGGUUCCAUGGAGCAGCGGCAGUGGAUUUUGUUGCAGAUACAGCAGAUAAGCAAGAGGGGCGAGGACAGUGAUAGUAGACCUCGGACCACACAACAUCCGCAUGCAGAAAAGGUGUAUCUGCUACUAGAGGAGAUGACUAGACGGCAGGACGCAUCACGAACAUGGGCCGAUUCACGCUGUGUGCGACGCGAAUUGUUUACUGAUUUCUUCGUAAUGAUCUGA